AGGAGAUUAAAUGAAGUGAAGCUGAUUGGUAAAUCUCGUUGCAAAAUGUGUGAAUCUCAUAUAAAUUCAACUGAAGACUUAGAUUCUGAUCAGACAGAGGAAAUUUUGGGGCUAAAUAACUGGGAACCAAAAUCAAAAGAAAGAAAUAUAAACAAACUGGCAAGUCAAAAGACAGCUGGAGGAGAAGGAUCAUUAAAAGCAUCACAAAAAUCAGCAAAGACAGAAGUUUGUAUUUGCGAACCCCCAGAGGCACCUCAAGAUACUGAGUCAGUAGAGACUAUAGUAUCAGAUCGAAUACACAUUACUCCUAACACCAAUAGAUACAAACUAGUAAAUCUGAUUGGUGAAAAAAGGAGAACUGGUGCUUAUAGUCGUUGGAGGAAAAACGUUACACAACCCUGCACCUGUGAGGUAGAAACAUGCGACUGUAACUUAAAUCCAGCAAUAAUAUCUUGGAAACCAGCUGAUGAAACAUGUGGUUGUGGGCAGUUGCAGUGUCAGUGUAAAAUUGAUUCGGGUGAAGAUGGUGCCAAAGAAGGAAAAGCAGCUGAAAGAACCGAUGUAGAAGAAGAAAUGAGUCAGCAAUGUUUGUGUGGUAAUAAAAAUUGUACCUGCAACCGAAAAUCACCUGAAUUAAAGAAAUCUGAAGAUACCGUUAUACUGCCGUCAUUAUCGUCAUCAUAUGGUUCUACAAAGGAUUUAUCUUCAAAAUCUAAAGAAACAAUAAUCGUUAAAUUGGGUGAAGCUGAACCUCAUCACACCGAAGAUUUGUAUCAACCUGGUCCUAUUAAAAAAAGUAGUAAAGCAGAUGUGACAAAGUGUGAUGACAUCUACAGCAGUCACAUUACUCUUGUAUCGAAUAAAAUCGAAUUAAAUGAAGAGGAAUGCUUAUGCACUGAAGAGUGCAAUGAUUGUAUGAAGCCAAAAGUCAGUAAAAGUAAGACUAUGGAAAGCAAUCAGUGAUAGAUA